AUGUCCGCCGACUUCUGGGCCGGCUACGUUUCCGGAGCCAUUGGAAUCCUAGUCGGUAAUCCUCUCGACAUCCUCAAGACCAAGAUCCAAGCCGGUCCAAGUCAAGCCGCAGCUUCUGCUCCUACUUCGACUCCGACCUCCACAACCUCCACCCAUCGACGUUGGACCUCCCUAGCCCGCGGCGCCGCGGCCCCGAUCCUCGGCUACGGCGCCCUCAACGCCCUCCUCUUCGUAACCUACAAUCGUAGCCUGGCCCUCUUGUCCCCGUCAGACCCUUCUCCCGGCAUCUCUCCGACGUACCCUCCCGCGUGGUCAAUCUUCACCGCCGGCGCCCUCGGCGGCCUCGCAACCUUCUUCGUCUCCGCACCCACCGAACUCGUCAAAUGCCGCGCACAAGUCUACAACCCUCCGCGGUCGUCGGUGAGUGUCGUCAAGGAAUUGUGGAAAGCGGGAGGGGUGAGGGGGCUGUAUCUGGGUGGUGGGAUUACGAGUCUGAGGGACGCGGUGGGGUAUGGGUUUUAUUUCUGGAGCUACGAACUCAGCAAACGGCAUCUCUCCAAUGAAGACGACAGUCCGAACCAGCAGGCGAUGAAAGUUCUCCUCUGUGGCGGUCUGGCGGGAGUCGUGACGUGGGCGUCGAUUUUUCCGAUGGAUGUGAUCAAGACGAGAGUGCAGACCUGGGAUCUCGUCGGUAAGACGCCGAUGUCAGCUGCAAGUCAGCCGCUAUUAGGCGACCAGUCUUCCUCGUCGAAGAAAGUCGGCAUCAUAAGCGACAGAUCAAGCACAUACUCCAUCGCAAAAGCAGCGUACCAAACCGAAGGCGCGGCCGUAUUCUUCCGCGGGUUAGGAAUCUGCAGCGUGCGGGCCUUCAUUGUGAAUGCCGUUCAGUGGGCGGGGUACGAAUGGAUGAUGAAAGCGCUAGCUCCUUGA